AUGGUUAAAGCCAAUGUAAGUUCAAUUUUAUCAAAUAUAUUAAAUAAAAAAAGAUACAGUCAUUGUCGUUUAUGCUUAGGAAAUAUUGAAGAAACCUAUAUUCGUAUGGAUGACUCUGUUUCAUUAAAUGCAAGCAGGGAAAAUUAUCAAACACUUAGUAGUGUGCUUAUUAAACUUUUGGGUGAAGAGUUUGGUCACCAAAUUCCCGGAGUAGAUGCUGUCUGUCUUAAAUGUGUGGACAGUGUUCUUGCAGCAAUGCGCUUUAUAGAAAAUUGCAAAAGCUCUGAUGAAACUUUAAAAUGUGCUGUAGAUAGUGUAUCCAAAGCCUUGGAGUCAAAUACAUAUAAUAUAAAGGCUGGAGAAAAACUGUUUGUAAAUCUUAAUAACACAGAAACUGAACUAUUUGUUAUGAACAGGUCUAUUAAAAAAAGAAAAGAAACAUAUAAGAGAACCUAUGAGUGUUAUGAAUGUCUAAUUUAUCUUGACACAUUCCAUGAUCUCAAAGUGCAUAAUCUUGCAUACCACGGAUCUGUCACCUGUAAUAAAUGUAACAAGAAAUUUUUAAAUUAUGAAACUUUCUCAAACCAUGAAAAAAACGAUCAUAAAUUUAUAUGUCCUGAAUGUCCUCAUAUUAAAAAUAGUGAAGAAGACUUAAAGAAUCACCAUAACCAAUGUCAUGCUAUUCAUAUAUGUCAAGAAUGUGGAAAGCAUUGCAAAGGUUUGAAUAAAUUAAUUUCUCAUGAAGAUAAGCAUAAAACAAAAUAUUCUUGUCCUAAAUGCGGUAAGAAAUACACAACAAAAGAUUUUUAUAAGCGUCAUGUUAAAUUGUGUCUUAGUGAUAAAAUAGAUCCACAUCCUCAUCGUAAUAUGAUGAAAAGACCUUAUAAUUGUGAAAAGUGUGCUAAGGGUUACAGUACAAGAGGUGGUCUUAGAGUUCAUAAUAGGUUUGCACAUGGCAAUGCUAAACCUCAUGUAUGUAAAGAAUGUGGUAAAAAAUUUACUGCGCCAAGCUAUUUGAGAGUGCAUAUGGUUAAACAUACUGGAGAAAGAAACUUCAAAUGCACUAUCUGUGAAAAUAGAUUUGUAUCUAAAGAAGCCUUAUUAUACCAUACAAGGCGACAUACUGGUGAAAAACCUUACAGUUGUAACCAGUGUGAUGAGAGAUUUGUAAAUGCUUCAGCAAGAGCUGAGCAUAUAAAAUUUAAGCAUGUAGGACCAACACUAGAAUGUGACAUAUGUACAAAAAAAUUUGUUACACGCCACUUUCUAAAACAACAUAUUGGCAGACAUCAUGACCCCACCAGUAAAGUUUAUUAUGGAAGAAGUGCAGUCCCACCUAAUAUACCAUCAGAGAAAAAUAUGAGAAAAUGUAUAAUUCAAAUGGAAACUUAA